CGCACACGCACGCACGCACUCGCUCAUACACACAACACAUCCUUCAGACCCAUCCCCGGCGCCCAGCUCCAGGCGCCCAGGAGCAGCAGAGUGCUGACGCCGGCUCCCCGACCUCAGCUGCCAGGGGCUGAGAGGUUAUCUACACACUGUGCUGUUGACCUGGGAAUUCCUGUUGGUUCGCAUUGACAAUAGCAAUUUAUUGGGUAUCUACAAGAUGCCAGAUGCUGUCACACACUAAAUCAUUGAAUCCUCAACAACCUUGUGAGACGGAGCCUGUGGCUGGAGAGGCCUCCGAGCAGGGCCAGGCCGGGCCCUGCCCACACGGACGCCCUAGCCCGUCACCGGCCCCUGUGCCCGGGAGCCCACCAGGCUCUCCCGCGGGCCCCGCCAUGACUUCGGAGCCCACAUCGUCCCCGGUCGUGCCCCCACUCCACUCCCCAAAGUCUCCCGUCUGGCCCACCUUCCCCUUCCACCGGGAGGGCAGUAGGGUCUGGGAGAGGGGCAGCGUCUCAUCUCGGGACCUGCCCAGUCCCCUGCCCACCAAACGCACCAGGACGUAUUCAGCGACAGCCCGUGCCUCGGCUGGCCCCGUGUUCAAGGGCGUCUGCAAGCAGUUCUCCCGCUCACAAGGCCACGGCUUCAUCACCCCUGAGAACGGAUCUGAGGACAUCUUUGUGCACGUGUCAGACAUCGAAGGGGAGUACGUCCCCGUGGAGGGCGACGAGGUGACCUUCAAGAUGUGCCCCAUUCCGCCCAAGAACCAGAAGUUCCAGGCUGUGGAGGUGGUGCUCACGCAGCUGGCCCCCCACACCCCCCACGAGACGUGGUCCGGCCAGGUUGUGGGCUCCUAGGCUGGGCGGGGAGCCCCCAGGGUGGACAGGCGGCGCCGGCUCCCUGCCCCACUGCGCGGGUUGACUCCGUCCCCCGGGCGGCCUCAGUGUGCACGUCUGUCUGUCUGUGCGUAUGGCCGUGAGCGUGUGCCUCCAUCCAGCCCUGCGACCCUUGACUGUUAUGUGAGCUGGACCCAAGGAGGGGGCCACCAGACCUGCCCUCUCUGCUUGUCCACUCUCCCCGCUCCUCCCCUCCCUGCCACAUUGGCACAGGACCCCUCGCCCUCCUGCCCACCGGUCCCUGUGUCCACGGGGGCACCCCUGGGCCCUGCCCCUGCCCCUGCCUGGGGCCCUGGCCCGGGGGCUGGGUCUGCUCGUGCUGCUCGCACCUUCCCUGGGCUGGGGUCUCCCACAGUGGCCUGGACCCCACCCUCAGAAGCCAGACCAGCGAGCACUUCGGGGGCCUCCCAGCCUGUGGCAAGGAAGGAGGGCGGAAGGUGGAGGCAGGCCUGCCCACCUCGGCGCCGUGGCCUGGCCCCCCUCCCUCCCGCUCUCUCAGCACACACGGCGGGGUGGGGCGCAGGAAAGGGGCCCGAGGGCAAAGGCAGUUUGGGGCCCUUGUUUUGCUGGCUCAUCCCUUCUCAGCCAAGCAACGGCUCUGUGAACCCCAAACUGAGGUCUCAUCUUCUCCCCUGGGCCACACUGAGUCAGGCUGCCUGCACUUCCCCAGAGGC